AUGGGUUCUAAUGUUUUUGUUCAGCUUUUGGUCUCCAUGGCUAUGAGCUUUUGCUCCAACUGGGAUUCUUCACAGUUAGCACCAACAGAGCUAACAGAAGACACCUUCGGUUUCGGUUUCGACAUUGAUGAAUUUUCAGUUUCUGAUUGUUUGGUGGAUCCAAUUUCACAAUCUGAUGAGCUAUUCUACUCAAAUAGCUACACAAACAUCCUCCCCUGCUUUGGAACAGAGUACUGUCACCUCCCCUGCUUUGAAACAGAGCAUUGUCACUACCCGAAACGACAAAAGAGCUACAUCAACCAAUUUGAUUCCAAUUUCACACCAAAUUUGUAUCCUAAUCCGGUCCCGGAUUUCAUAUUACCUGAAAUUCAAGCUCCAGUGACCUUCAAUUGUGAGAAGAAAGCGAAUGGUGGGAGCUUGUCGGUGCAAAGCAUGGCUGCGAGGGAGAGGAGAAGGAAGAUAACAGAGAAGACACAAGAGCUUGGGAAGUUGAUUCCUGGAGGAAGCAAGAUGAAUAUUGCAGAAAUGUUUCAAGCUGCUUUCAAUUACGUCAAGUUCUUGCGGGCUCAAGUCUCAAUCCUCGAGCUCAUAGGGUCAUGCCAGGAAAUGGAAUCAAUGGACACAAAGGAACUUGAAAUUCUUGUAACAUCUCCAACAAUGCAAGAGAGGUUGUGCUUGGAGGAGAAGUGCUUGGUUCCAAUCCAAUUUGUUCGGAGUCUCGUCGAUGAUCAUGAUCAUGAGUUGGAGUUGCAGCCAUUGAUACAGCAAAACAAUGGCUAA